AUGUCUAUCCUUAAGUUGGUCGAGGAUCGGCCGACGCCCAAGGUCGUCUACAACUGGAGGGUAUACCUCCUGGCCGCCGUUGCAUCAUGUUCAUCAUGUAUGAUCGGCUAUGACAGUGCUUUCAUCGGUACAACGCUGGCUCUGGACUCGUUCAAGAGUGAAUUCCACUUCAACAUCAUGUCUACCACUACCAAAAACUUGAUCAGCGCCAACAUCGUGUCCUGCUAUCAGGCUGGGGCCUUCUUCGGCGCGUUCUUCGCGUACCCCAUUGGCCAUUUCUGGGGCCGCCGUAUAGGUCUGAUAGCGGCUGCUAUAGUUUUCAUUCUUGGUGCUGGUCUUAUGCUGGGUGCUAAUGGCUCCCGUGGGUUAAAUCUGAUCUACGCUGGACGAGUCCUAGCUGGUGUAGGCGUUGGCGCAGGCUCUAAUAUUACCCCUAUCUAUAUAUCUGAGCUGGCACCCCCUGCCAUUCGAGGUCGUCUGGUCGGUGUUUACGAAUUUGGCUGGCAGAUUGGUGGUCUUGUGGGUUUCUGGAUCAAUUUUGGUGUCUCCGAGACCUUGGCUCCAAAUCACAAGCAGUGGUUGAUUCCCUUCGCCGUUCAGCUGAUCCCUGCCGGUCUUUUGUUAAUUGGUAGUAUCUUUAUCCGCGAGUCGCCCCGUUGGUUAUUCUCGUGUGGUCAUCGUGAAGAGGCCAUUAAGAACCUUUGCUGGAUCCGCCAGCUACCCGAGGACGAUAUCUAUAUGAUUGAGGAGAUCAGUGCCAUUGACCAGGCCCUGGAGGAGCAGCACUCGACCAUCGGUGUUGGCUUCUGGAAGCCAUUCCACGCGGCCGCCACCAACAAGCGUGUUAUGUACCGUCUGUUCCUGGGUAGCAUGCUUUUCUUCUGGCAGAAUGGCUCCGGCAUUAAUGCGAUCAACUAUUAUUCCCCGACCGUCUUCAAGAGUAUUGGCGUGACUGGCACCAACACCAGCCUUCUGAGCACUGGAAUCUUCGGAGUAGUCAAGACUGUCGUGACAUUCGUGUGGCUGCUGUAUCUCAUUGAUCGUGUCGGUCGCCGCAACCUGCUCCUGAUCGGUGCCGCUGGUGGCUCCGUCUGCUUGUGGAUUGUUGGCGCAUACAUCAAGAUCGCUGAGCCGGAGAAUAAUCCCAAGAGCAGCAUGGACGGUGGAGGUGUUGCGGCCAUGUUCUUCUUCUACCUGUGGACCGUCUUCUAUACCCCAACCUGGAACGGUACACCGUGGGUUCUCAACUCGGAAAUGUUCGACACGAACAUGCGUUCUCUGGCCCAGGCAUGUGCCGCCGCCUCCAACUGGCUGUGGAACUUCCUCGUCUCGCGGUUCACCCCGCAGAUGUUCACGACCAUGGGCUACGGCGUGUACUUCUUCUUUGCUUCGCUAAUGAUGUGCUCAAUCCUCUUCGUCUGGUUCCUCGUCCCUGAGACCAAGGGUAUUCCUCUCGAGAGUAUGGAACGGCUGUUCGAGAUCAAGCCUAUCUGGCGCGCGCAUGGCCAGAUCGUUGCUAAUCUGCGCGUGGAUGAGGAGCAGUUCCGUAACGACAUCCAAGAGUCUAGCCUCGCUCAGGCUAAGCUUUAUGCGGAGCAAGUUGAGCAUACCGCGGCGCAAGAACCUAAGAAUUAA